AUGUCCAAAGCAUGGCAUUCUGAUGAAUAUAAGAAAUUAAAUCCUCAGCAGAAAGUUCCUACAUUAGUUAUUGAUGGAAAUGUCUUAACAGAUUCUAUCUCAAUUUUAGAAUAUCUUGAAGAAAAAAGACCAUUACCACCACCAUUACUACCAACAGAUGCUGCAGCAAGGUCAAAAGUUAGAACAAUCGUAAAUUGCAUUGCCUCAGGAAUUCAACCAAUACAAAAUUUAGCAGUAUUACAACAUUUAGAUGAAGAUAAGAAAUCAUCUUGGCCCAAAUAUUGGAUAACUGAAGGUUUCAAAGGUUUAGAAAAUAUAUUGGCUAAAACUGCAGGUGAUUAUUGCUAUGGAGAUCAAAUAACAUUAGCAGAUUUGUGCCUUGUUCCACAAGUUUAUAAUGCUGAAAGAUAUGGAGUAGAGAUGUCAGAGUUUCCUAUUAUAUCUCGUAUCAAUGGGAAACUUCUUUCUCAUGAGGCAUUUAUCAAUUCUCAUCCAUCUUGUCAACCUGAUACACCUAAGAUUUAA